AUGUUGACAAUCAAUAGGUUUUGUUUGCUUCUAUCUCAACGUGGCUAUGCAACUGGUGCAUCAACAUUUCGUGCUGCUGACAUCAUUAUAAAAAAAACGGAAAGUGGCAGUUCCAAACCAGAUCCAGAUAAACUUGUUUUUGGUGCAAGUUUUGCAGAUCAUAUGUUAACAAUAAAACAUACAACUGCAAAUGGUUGGGAAAAGCCAGUUAUUGAACCAUUAAGAGAUCUUGCAAUACAUCCUGCUGCAAAAGUUUUACACUAUGCAGCUGAACUUUUUGAAGGCAUGAAAGCAUAUCGUGGUUAUGAUGGAAAAAUUCGUCUAUUUCGUCCUGAUUUAAAUAUGAAACGAAUGCUUAACACAGCUGAACGAAGUGUUUUACCUACAUUUGAUGGAAAUGAAUUAUUAGAAUGUAUUAAGAAAUUAGUUCAAGUUGAUGCCGACUGGGUACCAAGAUCAAAAUCAAGUACACUUUACAUCCGACCAACUUUAAUUGGCACUGAACCACAAUUAGGUGUUGCUGCAUCAAGCGAAUCAUUAUUAUUUGUUAUAACUGGACCUGUCGGUCCAUAUUAUCCAACUGGUUUCAAACCCGUUUCUUUAUUGGCUGAUACAGUUCAUUGUCGAGCAUUUCCAGGUGGUAUGGGAGCAUAUAAAGCUGGCUCAAACUAUGGACCAACUAUUUAUGUUAAUAAAAUGGCUCAAGCACAAGGAUGUCAACAAGUUUUAUGGCUUUAUGGUGAAAAAAGAUAUGUGACAGAAGUUGGUACAAUGAAUGUAUUUAUGUGUUUAAAAAAUAAGAAAGGUGGUGUUGAAAUAGUUACACCACCCUUAGAUGGACUUAUUCUACCUGGUGUUACUCGUCAAAGUAUUCUUGAUCUUGGUCGUACAUGGAAAGAUAUUACCGUCUCCGAACGAUCGAUAACCAUGGAUGAAUUGCUGGAAGCACAACAAAAUAAUAGCCUUUUGGAAAUGUUUGGUUCGGGUACAGCAGCUAUUGUUUGUCCAAUAGAAAGAAUUGUUUACGAAGGAAAAUCAUACGAUUUAGCCACUAUGAACAAAGGAGCUCCAUUAACAAAUCGAUUCCAUGAUGAAAUUGUUGAUAUUCAAUUUGGUCGAAAACCAAGUAAAUGGACCGUCGAUGUCAUAUAA